CGAUGCGGAAGUGAGCCGCGGCUGGCGGCGGGGUUACAGCGGGGUUCCAUCCGGGUCCGGAUAGGGAAACGAUGUGGGGGGCUGGAGGGGGCCGGGGCUAGGAUCCUUCCCCGUUCCUGGCGGGGGGUGGGGAGAGGAAGAGCCUUCCGGGGGCUGGUCCUGUGUCCGCCCCGGGAGGUGUUGGGGCGAGGCUCGGCGUGAGGCGCCCUUUGGGCGGGGGGGAUUCCCGGGGGGGGGGGGGAGGCCUCAGGAAAGGUGACCCUCAGCAAGACUAGGGUGGGGGUGGGGGGUCAGGGUCCCCAUGAGGGGAAGCAAAGGGGGCUCCUCGGAAAUUUUCAGGUGCCCCGAGGAAACCGAGUGAGGGGCUUCGAGUCCCGGGAGCGUUUCCAGCUCUCCGCCCCCCGCAGGAUUUUGAAUGGGCUCCGUCCUGAGGGGAAGCUAGGAGAGGGUCGGAGUUGGGAUCGGGGCCCCUGAGAAGCCUAUAGGGCCCAGUGGAUAGCCCCCCCCCCGGGUGUGCGCGUGGUGUUUUCCCCCUAGGGGGGUUUAGAAAGCCAUGGCCACCCGGCGUUUAACAGACGCCUUCUUGUUGUUGCGGAACAACGCGAUCCAAAGCCGGCAGCUGCUGGCCGAGCAAGUGAGUAGUUACGGCUCCUCCAGCCCUCUGACUUCACGUAGCAUGGCUGCUGCGGUGAGUCUCCCUUCGUCCUACUGUAUCCCACAUUUCGCUGUUUCUUAAGUGCCAGCUGCGUUGUAGGGCUGUCAGGCGGCAAGCAUGCCAUCCUUGUGUCUUCUUUCCCCCUUUCCUCAACCUCUCUACUUGCCUGUAUCCUCUAUAUGUAUAUAAAGAAAUGUGUUUGCUCCAAUAGGUGUUUGCUCCCCCGCUCCCAGUUCAAUGUCCACUGUUAGGAUUUACAUGCAUUGAGGGGCACCCUGGCUUUUAAGGAACUACCCUGUUCCAAAACUGAUGUGCUUGCAUUAAAAACAGCUGUUGUAGCAAAGGGAGUUUUCUAAUGGUAGGUCGGUUAACACCCUGCAAGCAGAAAAACUAGGUUUGCUCCCAGUGUAUGUUCAGCAAGGAACUGCAGCCAGUCACAGCUAGUCAAUUUUUAUUGUGCUUUUAGACACAGAAGUGAAUGUUUUUCUUUCCCUGUUUUCCUGUCAAAUUGCAGACUUGGAACAUGUCUGAUUUUACUUAAGUCAUCUUUAAGAGUUUUGAAAGCUUCAUAUGGGAUUAUUUCACAUGGCAGCCUCCAAUUUCUUUUGUCUUGCUAAUGUUCUUGGAAGAUGUCCAGUUGAAUAAUUUUUAUUUUGUCCUGGGCACACAUAGAAUUCCCCGACAUUUGACCCAGCCAUCCAAGUUCUGGGCAUCCAAUUCUGCAGUGUUCCCCUUGAGUACUGUACAUUAUUUUUCUCAUAAUAAGGAGUAUGGCAAUCAUUCACUUAUGGGGGGAAAUAAAGUUGUGCACUUGGAUACUCUGCUGGGAUUCCCGUUCUGUGUCUCAGCUAUUUUUGUUCCAUGGAAAUCUAGGAGCAUCAACAAUUAAGCCAGCCCCUUUCUGCAGUCCCUCCUUCUGCAAAGUACUGCCUGAAUUGUUUCUUGUCACUUGAACUGAUUUAGAUAGAUAAAUGUGGCAAUUAAAAGUGGGUGUAGCCUUGAAUCUCCCAAUACAUGCCUAUGCUUUCUUUUGAUCUGCUGAGUGUUCUUGAGCAAGUUACUCUGGUUCAAUGUCCUGUUCUGUUAAAGGGGAAAGAGUAUCCUUGCUGUUUUUCUAAAGCACUCUGAAGUUGAACAGACAACCUAUUAAAAAAACCAAUUGCUAUAAUAUAUCCCAAUAUCCAUUUCUUUCUUUUUUUGUCAACUUUCCCUUCUCCAUCUUUAUGUUACAAUUAAUUUGGUAAAAUGUGAUAGGAAGAUAUUCCUAGAUGCCAGAAUAAAAUCAUUUAUUUUAGUCUGAAUCAAAUCUUUAGGCACCAACUUGGUGCUGAAAUUAGGAUAGGUUAGGGAUUUUGCUCCUCAUAAGUACACAUGCCACUAUAAUGUCUGUCUGUCUGUCUUUUCUUUCCCUCUGUGUGUGUGUGUGUGUGUUUUAAUAUCAGUCACCUCUCUUUCGAUUGAUUUUGCUUACUUUUCAGCUUACUGCUACAGUAUUAUGCUUCAUUAUUACACCACUAUGAUUCCGUUCAUAAAACAUUAAAUUGUUGCCCUCUCCUCUUUUCCCCAAUUGUAUUCUCCUUUAGUGAGUGAAAAAUAAGCUUAAUUUACACUGAUCUCUGAGGCACCAGUGCAAGGAACAAUAUCUUGUUUUGUUCUGUUUUGUGCUAUGCAACUGCUGAGUGUUGAACUGGUGUGCAAGUGUUUCUCUACACGUUGAAAAUUAGUUGAAAACUGCAUGCAGGUUCUAUGUUGUUAGACUGUUGCCUAGUUACAGUGCAGUCCUUCCUAUGCAUGCCCACUCAAAAGUAAGUCCCAGUGAGUUCAGUGGGGCUUGCUCCCAGGAAAGUGGGUAUAGGAUUGCAGUCAUAGUUUUUUGUUGUCCUCCAGCUCUGUUUUUGUUAGGCCAGAGAUAAAAUGUAUCCUCAUGCUAGAAAUGUGUUUAAAAGAAAACACCAGUACCGUAAUUUAUACCUUUAAACAAUACUUUGAAGUACAGGCAAAUUGACAUCUUACCAGCUGAUUUGCACAAAAUUAUAUAGGCUUCUUCAGACAUUUAGAGACUCUUGUAAUUUAAAAGAAAGUGUCUAUUGUGGGUUUGGAUAGAUAAUAAAAGAUCCUAAUUACCGUUUCCCUGGUGAUCAAGUACUUUUGUGUACAUAACUGCUAUGUUAUACCACAUGGGAAUAGUUUAUUUUGAAGGCUGUAUGUUAGAAUGGGGGGAAACUGCCUGAUUCCUAUAUAAUUUAUUACAGCCAAUGUAAAAAAAAUUGAUUAACUUGGUUAUUACUAAAUUCUUUUGGCAGCCCCUCUUAAGAGUUUUAAGCCCUCUUAUAAUGUCUCUUCCUUUCUACCUGAAGAAGAGACCCCCCCCCCCGCAUUUUUGCAAUGCACUUUGCCCAACUGGUCAGAAUUGGACUCCUGCUCCUAUCAGAUCAUGUUAAUGUUGAUUUGCAUGCUGCUUUUUCAGCCAAAGGCUGGUAGCUGAUAAGAGAAGAAAAACACAUAAUACAACAAAAUAAAAGUCAAUCAAUAUUAAUGCUCGGUAGUUAAGGAGCUAGUAAAUAUAUAACAGAUGGAAGAAUGGAACUCUGAUGAAAAGGAAUGAGAAUAAUCAUUUGUUAAAAAGAGAGACGUAAGGGAGCCUUUUCAAAACCUGUUGGCUACUGCGAAGAAGCCCCUGUCCAUGUACUCACCAAAUUAACCUCAGAUAAUGAUGAGGCACAGAGACUUCUUGGAAGGUCUUAACAAGCAUACAGUAUCAUAAGGAAGUAAGCAUUCAGAUAAUCUGGGACUGGGAUGAGCAAUACAAACCUUUCUGUGGGGAAUUUGGAUUGAGCAGAGGUGCAGAAAGGUUAAGCAUCCUGUCUCCUAUUGAGACUCCAUUUUAGUGCUCCAUUUUAGGAGAUCUUCAUCCUCUUUGUUCUCACUUUUCCACGUUUAACCAGGGUGGCUGCAGUAGGUAGAUUGCUAUACGCCUCUCGUUUGACUGUCUACCGUGGGCAGCUGUGUCUCUCGCAGGCAUUACUGAAAUCACAUUAUCUGAAAACUGUAAAAAGUCUGUGGGGUCCAGGGCCCUUCUAAAAAGGAGGAAGAGUGAAUGAACGAAUGAACGAGCCACAAGCUAAGAGCCAUAUUGUAUGGCAUGUGGUCUGUUUCAUUCACACUGGAGAAGAGAUUGGAGUGGAGCAAGAUCUACUUCCCAUGUUAUACAUUUCCUAUGUGAAAGCACAUCUGUGUAGCAUGGGAUCCAUAGAUCAUCAUGUCUGACAAUCACACUUGUGUGCAUUUUGCACACACAGUGGAAGGAGUUGGCCAAUCACAGCUUCCUUACAUGUGUGCCUGUUGUCAAACUUGAUGAUCUACAGAUGGGUUUCUACUUCUCGACACACAUGUUUUCCGGGUAGCUUGUAAGUAUCACUUCCCAACCUUGGGCCCCCAGGUGGUGUUCUACAAUCCCUGUCAUCUCUGACUGCUGGCUCUGCUGGCUAGGGAUGAUGGGAUUUGUAGUCCAACAACAUCUGGGGGCACAAGGUUGAGAAGGCUGCUCUAAAGAAAGAGGCAAAUUGCUGGGUAUUGGGGAAAUACAUGCACUUUUCAGCAUGUGCCAUUGUGGGAUGCUGUAAUAGAAGUUUCAAAGGCUGUUUUGUUCUCAGGGAGUUCAACACAGCAUGCACAUGAAAAGAUCAAGUUAUAGAUACUUUAAAACUUGAGUCCAGAUCCUGGAACAUUUGCCAUUGCUGUUUGAAAUUGCAUGUGGAAUAAUCACUAUUAAAAACACAGUAUGAAAGGUUUUCUUCUUUUAAAAAGACAGUCACUAUUAAUAUGAAUAAAAUAUCCCUGUAUGAACAGUUCUUUAACUCUGUGUUAAACCAAGGGCUCAAUUGACAUUUCCAUAUUCCUUACUGUAAAAUAAGCAGAUUUUUUUCUGGCUGGUAACCAACACAAACCAGAUCAGUUGUGUUCUGUAUUCAUUUCCUAUUUGAUCCAGAAAAUCCAUCUAUCUUUAAAAAGGCCUGCAGUAAAUACAUAUUUUGCAUUAAUGCACUUUCUGUAUGAAUAGGCAGUUCUUCAGGCUUAAAUUUCAACUCUUCCCAUUCCAUUGACUCAACUGUGUAAAUAGUUUGCUUUGUAACCAGCAACUUGUGAAAUCAAAUUUAUACCAUUUUAAAUUUUUUUUUUCCCAAUGGCAAAGGUCACAUCUGGCAGGGUAGUUCCAAUGUGCUUUACUUUGGCACUGCCCUGCCAUUUCUUCCCAAUUGUUUGUCCAGAUUAUAAUUAUAAUUUCAUGGGCAUCUGCAGUUUUAAUUCUGCUUUGUAAAGUCUCAAGCUAAUAAUAGUAAGUAAUAAUAAUAAUAAUAAGUAAGUGCCUGGUCAAAUGCAGGUUCUUUCCAAAAGGGUAAUAGAAUAAAAAUGGUUACUUAAGUAUAAAAGAGCAUCAUAUUUGCAAACUGUGUGCUAAUGUGGGUAGAAAAUAAAUGUUGUUUUAGGCCCUGGUUCAAAUAAUGUCAAAGCCAGCUGUUGUUCCUUUGCUCAAUUUGAACUAAGUAAGAGGAACUUACCACCUGUGGAUGCACAGGAGGGGCAGGAAAUGAGAGUUGGCCAGCGGAUCGGAUCCUUAUCUCCCCAAUCCAUCACAUGCCAAAUUUGGCAGGUGGACAGUGCUACCCAUCCGUCAAUCACCUGAUGUCACAGUGACAUCAGUUGAUAGGUGCUUGACGUCCCCCUUUUUUCAGGAUUUCAGAGUGUCACACAGGACUCGCUUGAUACAAAGCACUGAGUAGGGCUCUGAGCAAGGGGCUUGCAAUACAGAAGAAGCCUGCCUGUCUCUUGUUGGUUAUAUUCCUAACAGAAAUGCUCACCCUGCAUUCUUUUCCUUUUGCAAAUGCUGUUGUCUAUUCCUGUUGUGAGUUUACAGUCGUACCUCGGAAGUCAAACAGAAUCCGUUCUGGAAAUCCGUUCGACUUCCAAAGCGCGGCUUCUGCAACUAAUUGGAAGCCGCAGAAGCCCCAUCGGACAUUUGGCUUCCAAAAGAACGUUCGAAAACAGGAACACUCACUUCCAGUUUUCGAUUGUUCGGGAGCUGAAACGUUCGACUCCCAAGGCAAUCAGAAGCCGAGGUAUGACUGUAUAUUUAAAUCCUUCCGAAUAGCCAAACUAGGUGAUAUGACCAGCCUUUUAACCUGACUGUACACUUUAUUUCUAAAGCUAGACAUGCUGACCAAAAAAUAUAUAUGCAAAGAUAAAAAUUCCUGACUGUCGUUCAGCCUUUCGCAACCCUGGUGCCUCCAAGUGCUGACUGGGGCUGAUGGUAGUUGUAGAGCAAAAUACAAGGUUGGGGAAGGCUGCUAUAGUUCAUUGGGAUAAAAUUCACAGCCGAAAUGCACUAGCCAACUUCUAAUUCACUAGCCCAAUGCAGGAUGCAUUUGUUAACAGAUAGCCAUUAAUAACGUAUUUUUUAAAAGUAAAAUACUGUUAGAAAGCUGGGAUGUACCCAAAGUCCAUGGCUAAAGAGGUUCCUUUGCCCAACGCCUGCUAUUUCACUUGCUCCUGGCCAGGGCACUUGCCUUUAAACAUGUGCCAAAAAUAUGUUUCUAAUGGGCUUUGCAGGUUCCAACCCAGAGAAUUCUUUUCCUCUUUCAUUCUCCUUAUGCCGUGGGGUGGGGUGUUAUCACCACACCUUCAGCUUUGUCCUAUCACGCACCCCCUUCCUUAGCUGCUGCGAGGCAAGGCUGAGGCCUCACUGGGCUUAGCAGGUGAGGAAGACGGAGCAUAGCACUAAGCUGGAGAUGCAGGACGGCCUGUGUCAAAUGUAAAUGGAAUUUUCCAGGUUUCAGCCAGUUUUGAAUGAACACUUUAUAGCCAAGCAAUGUUCUGUGAAUAAUGCCUGUCUUUCUUGAAUGGAUUACCCACACAUAAUUUCUUGAGCCUCCUCUGUUCAGAAAUCCAGUCUGAGCUCGGGGGAUUUUUACAUGCAAGGAGGCUGCAUAGGCACAAGCCUGUUCAUUGAAAUGUUUCUCUGUGCAUAAUGCUCAGUGGGUUCCCUUCAGCUACCAUCUCAUGGCUGCUAAAUGUUACCACUGCCAUGCCCAGUAACCACAGUUUGCAAUUAAUUAAAUUGGAAUGUGUAGAUACCCCCCAAACUCUCAGAUUCUGUGAAUUAGUUUAGAGUAGAAUACAUGACUGUCGUUACCGAUCGCAGUUUGCACUGGAUCUGGGUUCUAACCUGCGUUUAAUUUUUAUUUACUUUUUUUUUAAAAAAGCUAGUUAUGUAAGGUUUUAAAAAUGUGUAUUUUUUUGCAGAUCAAGAAAAUUGAUUUGAAAUGAUUUGAAAAGGGGAAAUAUGGACCUAUCCACAAAGCUAAAUGCUAGUCCACUUAAAAGCUGAAACUGCUUUUAGAAGACUGUUUUGUUGCAUUGAUAAACUGGCAAUGUUGAUCAAUAAAAUUCCUUUGUUUCUUCAACUGACUGUACCCUGUGCUCUGUCCUGUUCUUUUGUUUCCCUCUCUUACACUUUUGCUGUCCCUAUAUGGAUGGGGCUGAUGGGACCUACAAUCCACCACAGGAGCUGGAUGAGGUAUAGUCCACUUUGUCUAAUGCUGCUCUUCUUUCAUGGAAAAUGUCAAAGGAAGUUGCCUUAUACCAGUCUAGCUGGGGGGCUAUCAGAGCUCGGUUACUGUAGGGCAGCAUGAAAGGCUGCUUUGGUAGUGGGGUGUAUCUUUGAGGUUUUGCAGCUAGCUUGCAUGCUUUACUUCCAUAUAACUGAAAUGAUCUCCCCCCCCCCCCCAUGAAUGCUGAGGUGGUCAAGCCUACAUUCAUAGUUAGAUUGAAUAUGGAGAGGAGAGGAGAAAACCCAUUGAGUCACAACACCACCACCCCCCCCACAAAAACCCCCAGGCACAAAUUCAUCAUAACACUUGACUAAUACGAUGAACUGGGCUGCUUUUGGGUCAGAUUUGAAGUUGUGAUAGGUUUCAAACAUAGAUUGCCACCGCAGAUAGAAAAUAUCUUGACCAUCAUAUCAAGAAACUUCUAAGGCCAAUGGGGGGGGGGGAGCUGACCGAGGUUCACUCAGUACAUCUUAGGCUGCAACUCUAAGCACAUUUUCUAUUAAGUUAUUAUAAUAAUAUCACUAAAUUAUUAUUUAUAUGCCUCCCAUUUGACUGGGUUGCCCCAUUGGACUUAGUAGGACUUGCUUAGGAUGGCACAGAUAGUCAAAUCUAUUCUGUUUGUUUCACAUCUCUGUCCUGUCAGUGGUCAGGGUUUGCUUGCAUUUUCUCCUUUCAACAGCUCAGUGAGGUACCUUAGGCUGAAAGAAAGUGACUCACUCACUCAAGGUCACCCGGUUUGCUUCGUGGAUGGGUUUGGAAUUAAAUUUCCAUCUCUGUCUCGACACUUUAGCCAAAGGAUAGGGAGCCUGUGACCCUCCAGGUGUUGUUGGGCUGCUAGCAGCCAGCAGCUCCAUCCACCAUGGUAAAUGGCCAUGGCUGAUGAAAGUUGUGGUCCAAAAUAAGACCUGGAGGACUGCAUGCACCCCAGACCUGUUCUGGCCACUGUACAACACUGUGUUUGUAAAGACCCUGCGCGUGUGCUUUGUCAUUUGUUUAGUUAAAAAUCCUACAUAGAAUCAUAGAAUUGUAGAGUUGGAAGGGACCCUGAGAAUCAUCUAGUCCAAUGCAGGAAUAUGCAGCUGUCACCUAUACUGCUUUUCAGGCAAGCCUCACAAAGCAGUUUACAUUAUACUGUUGGGGAACAAUAAGCACAAUUUAAAACACUGUAAAUGAAGCAGCAAAAACCAUUUACAAGGAAAAUAAGCAUUUUGAAAGCUGGAUCUAGCAGGGUUUUGGGAGGGAGAGGCUGCCUCAGCCAGAAUACCAAGAGUGAGAUAAUGGGCUGAGUUCCAAGGUUUGUUGUUUUCUUUGCCUUCUCUCUUGCUAUUAUUUUCAAGAAAGGACAAUGUACUAUAGCACCCAAAUACGUUAUAUCAAAGAUCCUUUAAGGCCCAAGGAUGUGGGAAACGGGUUUUCUAGGUGUUGGUUUUGCUGCAGGGGAAGAAAUAGCAUGUGCAGAAGGGUGAUGCCUGCACUGUCCCAGGAUGUUUUCCAUAAGCAUGCGGAUCUGCCCCAUGGCCUGAGAUUCAGCACAACCCAGUCAGAAAACUGUCAACUGCUCCCUUCACCUCCCAGAGAUUAUACAACUAGCUGCAGUGCUUCCAUUUUGAGAUGGGAGCCCUGGCGACCUCUGGGCAGAACUAACUCAUUGUUACUGGCCUCUUUGCAAUGCUUUCUCUCCCUACCCACCUCCCCAAAGGUAAGUGGAAAUAUUAUUGAGAUUAAAGAAAGAAAUCCAGGUAAAGAUUCACCAGGGGUUGGGAGCUGCAGACAUGCUUGUUCAGGUGUUCACAUUUAAAUAUGUGAAGGGGGAAACAAAAUAACACAGGUAGUACCAAGUGUGCCUGAGACUUGACUUGUACAUUAUUAUCUUAGGCUUAGAGCGUUCAUUCUUCCUUUGACCCCUCUUCCCAGUGGAGCUCUCAGUCCAUUCUUCCAUGCAGAGUCACAGCUGCUCGGCUUAAGCAUUUUUCUAGGAUUGAAGCCAUCUCUUCCCUUGUGAAAGGGUAAUGUAGAGUAGAAAUCACCCCUGUUCCCCAGCAUUCCCUUCAUGGUUUCUAAAAGUACAGCACGCGAACAAGGUUUAAAAAUAAUGUCCAAUUGGUGUUUUCAUUUGGGAAUGAAAGAAACUCGGAGUCUAGUUUUUGUACAACAUCUCUUAAGUUUUAAGUCUAUAAAUUGGAAGACACAAGUCUCACUUGCAUUAAAGCUAAUGGUGGUGUUGUGAGCUGUGAACUGCACACAGUAUCUGCGUUUUGUGAAAUCGCUUUCAGCAGCCGAGUUCUGUGAAAAUGUUUCCUAGACUCCCCUCCCACCAAAAUGAGAUGUUUCUAAUUUACAGUUUUAAAGUGAUAUGUCGAGCACCAUAUUUGCUUGAGGAUAUCUUAAUCCGGCACUUCCUUUAAUUUUAAAAGCAGAAUUCCCCAUCUUUUGUAUAGCUUCCUGAAGGAACAAUGCCUUUCCAUUUGUUGCUUUGCCAGGAGCGACCUACAGCCAGCCAUGCCUAGCGAGAGGAAGUAGACAGGAUUUAGCUGGAAAGGCAGUGCCUCAGAAUUAUAUCGCAGAGACGGAUAGUGAAGUUCUGUUCUUAGGCCUGUUGCUUCUUUAGCAGCUUAAGGUAGGGAUUUCCUCUCUCCCUCUGCUUCAAUUUCCUCCACUAUGACUAUUUACUGAGGGGACAGAGAAUUGGACUUCAGGCCUGCACCAUCUCGAAGGCUUGAGGUGGGUUACAAAAUGCGCAAAUUAGAUCAAACGCAUACUUAAAAUUCUUGGCUUUAGUCAGGCUAGGUAGAACAAUGUAGGCAACACUUACAAAACAUCUUUGAUUUGGGGUGGGGAAGGGUGUCCUUAAACUUUGGGGCUGCUUACAAGACAGAGCUGCCAGGACUGUGUGGCCCACUGGGCAUAUCCAAGCAAACCCUCUGCCCACGAUUAGAGAGCUGCAUAUCUUUAGAAUGAGGACAUAACAUCUUUGAAAAGAAAACACCAAGACCAAGCUUUCUUUUUAGUAGCUCUCAGUCUUGGGAGCCCAGGAAGCUGCGUCAGACCGCUGGUCCAUCCAGCUCAGUAUUAUCUCUGUCUAGGAUAGCAGACCAGGUGCUUUCCCAGAUCUACCUGGAAAUCAAACCUGGGGCCUUCAAGGAACACAAAGCAGAUGCUCUAACUACUGAGAUACCAGCCCUUCCCCAUGGCAGCCCUUCAGAACCUUAUUGAAUGUGUUAAGCUUGCAUUCCUUUAUUACAGAGUACCUAUGUAUAACCAGGAAGGUGGCACUUAAAAAGAAAACCCAUAUCCUUUUUAUUUUCAUUGGUUUUGCUUCAGUAGCCCUUUGUGGCAUUAAACUGACAAUAGGUGGCCAAGAGUGGAUGUUGGUUAGUUGAUGGGACAAGCCUUUCCACCCUUUGAAUGCUGUUUCCUCUUUGUCCCAUUCUCCUGCCCACCCGCAACUUUUGAUUUGGGUAGAUAUUUUUUAUAUAUAUAUAUAUAUAUAUAUAUAUAUAUAUAUAUAUAUAUAUAUAAGUUGGCUUAGUUUUAUGCAGGGUCCUUUACUCAGGAAGGGUAAUGUAUUGACUGUUUGGGAGCUGAUAAGUUGCAAAAGCUAUGAAUGCGAUGGCUGGCUCAUAAGAGGUUUAAAUGUUUUAAGUACCCGUACAGAGCCAGAAUCCUUACUGUAAAGUGGUAGGUUUUCACUGUAACGUCGGAGAACCCUUUCCACACCAAUUUGUCUACUGAGAAACCUUUUGCUUGCCUCUGUUAACUGCAGAGGAACAGUUCAGGGGAAAAGGAAUAUGUCUGAGGUGCACACUUGGUUCAUAAAAAUGCUGGCCAGGGCUUUUAGGCCUUGCAUGAAUGGAGAACGUGUCCAAAAACACACCCAGCUUUUCUCUGUAAAUCUGAACUGCAGGGGAAUGAUCAGUAAUGACGGGCAAGGUGGCCAGGGAAGCUUUCUCUGCCAUAGCUGGCUUUCUUCUUGGAGAACCACUGCUAAGAGUUCAAGAAGCCUGCGAAUUCCCAGAAACACCUUUGCCUAAAGUCAAGGUAUCUUGGCCUUUUACUCUGGGUUGUAAUCUGAUAAACUAACCAUUCUUUGUAUACUUUCAACAGCUUGCAGAUGACCGCAUGGCACUGGUGUCGGGGAUCAGUUUAGACCCUGAAGCAGCUAUCUGUGUAACUAAGAGGCUACCUCCAAAAUGGAUUGAUGGAGUGGAAGAAGUGAGUUUACAUGCCAUGGGUGCAACUUAACGUCUAGCUGUCUUUCUGGGAAAGCAGCAGUAAAACUUCUUAAUAUCUACUUGUUCAUUUAAUUUAUGUAUAUAUAUAUGUCUUCCAUUGUUCUGGGCAAAACACAAAAGUUAGAAAUCCACAGUUAUCGAAAAGACAUGGGGUGAUGUUCAGUUAAAUUUUACUUGGAGUAGACCCAUUGAAAAUUAAUGUCCAUGACUAAGUCGUUCCAUUAAUUUCAGUAGGUCUACUAGUUGAAUACCACCCUUGAAGUAGGAACAUAUUGCAACCAGAUUGUAAAAUCACCAAAUCAGCAGCAGUGAUUCUUACUUCACAUCAUGAAUGCUUAGCAAGGGAGGUGUGCUUUGUGUUGCCAGUGAGGAAGCCAGCAAAAUGACUUUUUCCUUUCAAAAAAAGUACAAAAAAGUUUUGAACAAGUGGAGGCACUUGCUUUGCUUUCCCAAGAUUCUCUCAGGGUCAGAGAACAACUUAAAACUAUAGGCAAUUGUACUACUAAAAGUUUUGGGGGAAACUUUGCCUCUGAUAAAGUACCAUCAGGUGCCUGGUCUUGUAAGUAACAACAGGUAACUUACACAAGUUUACAGGCAUACAAACAAGCUUAAAAUUUAAAAGAGAGUGGGAGGUUUUGUGUGCUAAAAAAACGCACCUAGCUGCUUUGCAGAAGACUGUCCUCUAUAUUGUGGCUUCCAUUUCUUAGGGGCAGCAGAUGUUGUCACCCCCUCAAUAUAUCUUACGGCAUUCUGUUUGCCUGGAACUUAAUGGUAGUUGUUGAAAACUGUUUUACUAGUUCAUCUGCAUAGUCCUGCUGUGAUUUCUGUUUCUAGAUCUCAGAGUUGAGCUUGCUGGAAAUUAUUCUCUUGGAUCUGAAAGCCUUGACCUCCUAAUCCUAGAGGGGCUGGGGGCUGGCUUGGCUGUGGCUAUCACACACAGAGAAGGAGAUUGAGUUCAGGUUGGAAUGGUGCAGUCAUUUGACCAUGAAGUAGGACUAGUUGUCACCAAAUAUAGCCCUUGACAUCUCCUCUCUCACACACACAAACACACCCACCCACCAAUUAUAUGGAGGAGGAAUGGUCUAAACCAGGGGUCAGCAACCUUUUUCAGCUAUGGGCCGAUCCACUGUCCCUCAGACCAUGUGGUGGGCUGGACUAUAUUUUUUUUGGGGGGGGGGAAUGAACGAAUUCCUAUGCCCCACAAAUAAGCCAUGGAUGCAUUUUAAAUGAAAGCACACAUUCUACUCAUGUAAAAACACCAGGCAGGCCCCACAAAUAACCCAGAGAUGCAUUUUAAAUAAAAAGACACAGUCUACUCAUGUAAAAACACGCUGAUUCCCAGACCGUCUGCGAGCCGGAUUUAGAAGGCGAUAGGGCCGCAUCUGGCCCACGGGCCUUAGGUUACCUACCCCUAGUCUAAACUCAAGCCAGACUUGCUUUCCUCUAGUCAUUGAAUUGAAGCAUCAUGUCUGAAAGGUUGCUAAGAGAAUGCUUGUGUGUACAAGGCAAAAAUGGAGUGAUUUCUCUAUGGAUAGCAAAUAUGAUUUUGCUUAAUCAUGGUCCCAUCAUUUAUCUGCUGUUGUUCAGAACCAUACUAAAUUUGCCCUAAUUUUUAUUGCUCUUUUAGAUCCGGUAUGAGCUCUCCAGGAUAAAACAGAAGAUGAAAGAAUUAGCCAGUCUGCAUGACAAGCAUUUAAACAGGCCAACUCUGGAUGACAGCAGUGAAGAAGAGCACGCAAUAGAAAUAACCACCCAAGAAAUUACACAGGUGCCCAUGAGGGGGUUUCUCUUUUCAUAAAUGAGUCUCGGUGUCUUUUUCAGUUCUUGUGCUAGCGUUUUCAUUUUUCGAUCAGUCAGUGACUGAAAUUGCUACUGCAGCUCAGAGGCUAGUUUGCUUUAUUUGUUAAAUUUAUUUGUUAUGUUUACCUUCCUUGAAAUAGUUUCAUUGAGCUCUUGAAGUGGGUUAUGAGUGGCUUUGGUUUGCCCUGGGCAAGAUAAAGCAACUGACAAAUUUAAUCAAUCAAAUCUUUCUUGCUUAGGGAAAUUAGCAAAAAGCUGUACAGCAACUGCAGUUAAAAUAUUUAUUUGCACAAAGCACCUAAGUGGUUACUGCACUAUGAUAAGUUUAUCGUGUGGCAAAUAGUGAUCUGAGUUCACCUGUUGUUCCUCCUGCCUGAGAUCUGCAGAGAAGGCUUUAUGCUCCUCUGAGCCAUUAAUUGCUUAGGUGAAAGAGAACAAGGUCUCUUUUCAAUCCGGCCAUCCCUUUAUGGAAUUUACGUUUAAGGAAGCUUUCUUUCCAACCUGUUCUCUGGUUGGUUCUUGUCAGUUUGCAAAGAGAUUUCUGCUCUGGAAAUCCUUUCCUAAUAUUGAGCUGGUUCUGAUGAUUGACUUUGUUGUUUCUAGUUUUUGUGAUCUGUUAUUGCUGCUCGCCAUUUGCAUGGGUUUAAUGGCUUUGGAAGGUCUGGGCGAGUAAUGUUUUUAUACAGGAGUUUGAUAUGGUGAUCUUGUUUUGUUUUGAGUAGCUUUUUGUGGAGAAGGCACCUGAUAAAUGCCCCAAAGAGAGGCAAGCAACUUCAAGAGAACCAAACAGAUUGGUUCUCUUUGAUUUAGGCAGACAUUCCCAGCCACUUCAUUUCCACCAUUGUACAAUGGGAAUAAGCAGGGACUUAACACACACAAUUUACUGUAAGGAUAGAUUAGGUCUAGGCAUUAAAAUAUUUGCACAAUUCAUACAACUCUGUAAGUGAUAGCUGAAUAAUAAUAUUUCAGUUAGAAUGCUAAUUUCUUAAUUGUGUUUUUUUUUUAAGAAUUGUGCAAAUGGAAGGGCUCUUCUACUACUAGAAAUUUCUUCUCUUCUGUCUCCCCCCACAAGUUGUUCCACAGGUGUCAACGAGCAGUCCAGACGUUACACAGCAAGUCUCGAAGCUGCACAGACCAAGAGCGGCAGCUUCUGAAGAACGUUGUGUCUUCUUUAGCGCAGUCCCUUCAGGACCUGUCUACCAGCUUUAGGCACGGGCAGUCUGACUAUCUCAAACGUAAGGAGCUUGUGCCAUUUGCUUGCAGAGCACCCUCGAUAGAUGGUGUUAACAGUUUAACACUGGGCUAGAUUAAUUUUGCUCCGUUCCUACUAGGCGCUAUGCUCAUUAGGUAACUAGCACUAAUAAGCCUGAUUGGGUUGAUUAGAUUAUGGCUAUUUUCUUGGGGCUCUGGGAGGAAGCAGAUGAGAAAUAUUUAUUUACCGUAUUUUUCGCCCUAUAGGAUGCACUUUUUCCCCUCCAAAAAUGAAGGGGAAAUGUGUGUGCGUCCUAUGGGGCGAAUGCAGGCUCCUUGGCUUCCACGAUAGCAACGCGAAGCCUCCAAAGCCUGCGCUCCGGAGGCUUCGCGUUGCUUCCGCUGAAGCCAGGAGAGUCUUCUCUUUGAGGCUGGCGGUGGGGGAAAGCAGCGCUUCCCCCAUCGCCAGCCCCAGAGGAUGGGGGGGCACAAUCUGGGUCGAAAAGGUCCCUUCUCGCUCCUGUGGGCUUUUGCGGGAGAUGGGGGAAUUCCCCCACCUCCCGUAAAAGCAGGCAAAAGCUGUGCGCUCUUUAAAGGGCGCGCCGCUCUUGGGGGCUUUUCCCCAAGGAGGGAGAAGGGACUGACUGGCCGUUUCAGUCCCUUCUCCCUCCUGGUCGAAAAGCCCACAGGGUAUUCCCCCACCUCCCGCAAAAGCAGGGAGAUGGUCUUGGAGUAGCUCACAGGCUGCGUGCAGCCUGUCCGCUGCUUCCAGAGCUGCCGGGGGGGGGGAAUAAUAUUUUUUUCCUUGAUUUUUCCCCCCCUGAAAACUAGGUGCGUCCUAUAGGGCGAAAAAUACGGUAUUUGUAAAACACAGUCGCCACUUCUGUUUCAGUUUUGGGGAACAGGGAUGGGUAAUUUCUCAACUUCCCAAAGUUUGCAUUUGUUAAGCAGUGCUGAGUACGCUUUAAUAAAUGCUUCAUUUAUAGUCACGGGUUUUUUUUCUUGCUCCUGCAGGUAUGAAGAAUCGAGAAGAAAGAUCCAAACAUUUCUUUGACACUUCAGUUCCCCUUAUGGAUGAUGGUGAGGACACAACACUAUACGAUCGGGUAAGUGCAGGAACUGUUAAAGAUGAAUAAUGAUUGUAUUUGAAAAGGCGGUAUUUUAAUUUUCAUCCGGUUGUUUCUAAAAACAAAUGAAUGGCAAUCCGAUAUCUGUUUGGCAGUUGAUCUUUCUGUGUGUCCCUGACUUUGGUGGUGGGGAAAGAGAUUUAAGUUAAUGAGUUGCCAUUUGUAACAACCAGGCCAUCCUAGUAUAGCAGGUGUUGCUGUACUACACCUCCCAUCAGCCCCAGGGAACUGAGAUCAUUCGCCAGCCUUUCUGCCAAAGGUUCUGAGAGGGGAAAAUGUGCUUGCUCUGGAUUUUUAAACCACUGUGUUUCUACUGGUUUCUUAGUCGGGACCCACGAGUGAGUCACACCUGGGCCUGAACGGGGCUGCCCCAAUAUCACCAUUGCAAUUUUAUUUAUUUAUUUUAAGAAAAAGAGAGAGAAUGGACGUGUAUGAUUUUUUUUAAAAAAAAGUUUGGUAAUAUGUUGUAGGUUGGGGUCAAAAGAGAAUAAGAAUUAGUUGAAGACGAUUGAGUUAGAUUAGAUAUCACGUCCCCCCUCUUGCUUUUGGUAUUUGUAAAAUUGUGGGAUAUUAGCAACUAUUUACACUCAAUAUCUUUUCUUUUCUUUUUUAAUAAGGGUUUUACAGAUGACCAGCUAGUAUUAGUGGAACAAAACACAGUGUUGGUGGAAGAACGGGAGCGAGAAAUCCGACAAAUUGUACAGUCCAUUUCUGAUCUCAAUGAAAUUUUUAGGGACUUGGGAUCCAUGAUAGUGGAACAGGUAUGUGUCUCUAAGGUUCUGGUAUGUUACUUGCGUCAUAUGACGCUCCCUUGCAUGGAAGCUCCUUCCCUGCCCAUAGAUGUGCACAGAGCAACAGGUGUAUUUUUCUAUAGAGGAGGAGACAGUGCCACUCUGUGUAAUGACAUACUUUCCUAAAUACCUGCAGCACAAGCUUUAUUGUGAUGAAAACAGAAAGUUUAAAUAUUAUGGCCCAACCAAAAUUUUGCCAGCCACAUCCUUUGAUUUCUUGUACAAUAUCCCUUUAAUAAUGAGCGUGCGUUCCUCUUUUCAGGGUACAGUUCUGGAUAGGAUUGACUACAAUGUUGAACAAUCAUGUGUUAAAACAGAAGAAGGGUUGAAACAGCUACAUAAGGUAAGGACAAAGUGUCUUCCAAUCUCCGUCAGUACUGAUUCUGUCUAGGAACAGCCAUGAAAGACCAGGAAGAAGCUUGAGGCAAGGGGUCUCUCUCUAUGGCCGUCUGUUUUUCAUGGGGUUUCAACAGGUAGUUUAGACGAACAGGAUGCAAUCAGCUUAAAGUGAGCGAUAUUGGACAGUGAUUUCACAGCUGGCUCCUGGCCGCAACUGAACACGUAGCUUUCAGAUGCUGGCAACGUAGCAAGCUGGUUCGCAUGUCACAUCAAACCAUACUUGGUAACAAACUAUGGCUUAAUGUCUCUUAAGCAGAGACAUCACCUUGCCAACAAAGGUCCGUAUAGUAAAAGCUAUGGUUUUCCCAGUAGUGAUGUAUGGAAGUGAGAGCUGGACCAUAAAGAAGGCUGAUCGCCGAAGAAUUGAUGCUUUUGAAAUAUGGUGCUGGAAGAGACUCUUGAGAGUCCCAUGGACUGCAAGAAGAUCAAACCUAUCCAUUCUGAAGGAAAUCAGCCCUGAGUGCUCACUGGAAGGACAGAUCCUGAAGCUGAGGCUCCAAUACUUUGGCCACCUCAUGAGAAGAGAAGACUCCCUGGAAAAGACCCUGAUGUUGGGAAAGAUGGAGGGCACAAGGAGAAGGGGACGACAGAGGAUGAGAUGGUUGGACAGUGUUCUCAAAGCUACCAGCAUGAGUUUGACCAAACUACGGGAGGCAGUGGAAGACAGGAGUGCCUGGCAUGCUUUGGUCCAGGGGGUCACGAAGAGACGGACACGACUAAACGACUAAACAACAAAAACAACAACAUGGCUUAAUGUGAAUACUUGUGCAUACUGCUGAAAAGUUCUCAUUUCUCUUCUCCUGUGUUCCUGCUGCCACUGUGCCUACAGGGAAAUGAGCCCAGGGUCUGAAUCUGGGCUUGUAGCUUAUUUUCUUCAAGCAAACAAGAAGUAAUAAGUGGAGAACUUUGAGCCUGUGUCCAGACAUCACAACAAGCCAGGGCUGUGGGUUGUUUCCUGGCAUUAAGGGAGGAACACAGCAACAUUAAACCAUGGUUGGUUUUAAGCUAUGGCUUAAUGUAAUAAUAAUAAUAAUAAUAAUAAUAAUAAUAAUAAUAAUAAUUUAUUAUUUGUACCCCGCCCAUCUGGCUGGGUUUCCCCAGCCACUCUGGGCGGCUUCCAUAGAAACCAAAAAUACAGUAAAAUAUCACAGAUUAAAAACUUCCCUGAACACGGCUGCCUUAAGAUGUCUUCUAAAUGUCAGGUAGUUAUUUAUCGCUUUGACAUCUGAUGGGAGGGCGUUCCACAGGGUGGGCGCCACUACCGAGAAGGCCCUCUGCCUGGUUCCCUGUAGCUUUGCUUCUCGCAAUGAGGGAACCGCCAGAAGGCCCUCAGCGCUGGACCUCAGCGUCCGGGCAGAACGAUGGGGGUGGAGACGCUCCUUCAGGUAUACUGGGCCGAGGCCGUUUAGGGCUUUAAAGGUCAACACCAGCACUUUCAAUUGUGCUUGGAAACGUACUGGGAGCCAACGUAGGUCUUUCAAGACUGGUGUUAUGUGGUCUCGGCAGCCGCCCCCAGUCACCAGUCUAGCUGCCGCAUUCUGGAUUAGUUGUAGUUUCCGAGUCACCUUCAAAGGUAGCCCCACGUAGAGCGCAUUGCAGUAGUCCAAGCGGGAGAUAACUAGAGCAUGCACCACUCUGGUGAGACAGUCCGCGGGCAGGUAGGGUCUCAGCCUGCGUACCAGGUGGAGUUGGUAGACAGCUGCCCUGGAUACAGAAUUGACCUGCGCCUCCAUGGACAGCUGUGAGUCCAAAAUGACUCCCAGGCUGCACACCUGGUCCUUCAGGGGCACAGUUACCCUAUUCAGGACCAGGGAGUCCUCCACACCAGCCCGCCCCCCUGUCCCCCAAAAACAAUACUUCUGUCUUGUCAGGAUUCAACUUCAAUCCAUUAGCCGCCAUCCAUCCUCCAACCGCCUCCAGGCACUCACACAGGACCUUCACCGCCUUCAUUGGUUCUGAUUUAAAAGAGAGGUAGAGCUGGGUAUCAUCGCAUACUGAUGGACACCCAGUCCAAACCCCCUGAUGAUCUCUCCCAGCGGCUUCAUAUAGAUGUUGAAAAGCAUGGGGGAGAGGACGGAACCCUGAGGCACCCCACAAGUGAGGGCCCAGGGGUCUGAACACUCAUCCCCCACCACCACUUUCUGAACACGGCCCAGGAGGAAGGAGCGAAACCACUGUAUAACAGUGCCCCCAGCUGUAACAUAUCAGUCAGUCCUGCAAGUUAAGUUACGACUUUUAGAUAGCGCUUACACCACCUGCAUCUCUUGAGGAAGCCUUUUUUGCAAAAUGGAUCCUCUCUCCGUUUAUUUACUUUUGUCAGCUUGAAUUGUCUCAGCCUGAGCUAGGCGUGUUGCAAGGAUAAUCAUGGAGUAACCAUCGUGUAGGUUGUGCUGGGAUCAAAUAGUGGAGUGAAAAAUGUGGUCAAUCAGACCUGGGAUGCAAACUUCACUAUAUAAUCAGAAUAUAUUUAGGCUGCAAUCCCAUGCAUGCUUACCCAGAAGUAAGUCCCAUUGAAGCAAAAACCAAAAAAAGCCUUCUUUCCUUAUAACACAGUUCUUGUAUAAUAAAACAUGUCAAGUCAACGUAAAAUCUGAGUAGGACCAUGUUGUAAAGUCAGCAAGAUAGUGACUGUUAAGUAAAACUGCCAGGUUUGUUUGUUCUUUAGUAUGUACAUCUCACUAGCAUGAGUUACAGAUGAUACAUUUGAGUGAUGGCUUACAUUACCCCUGAUGCUGAAAGCAAGUUCGAAAUAAUUGCAGUAUCUACAUGGAGGAAUCUACAUUAAAUUUGCUCUGUUGUUUUUGGUUUUUUUCAGGGUCAGUGCACUGAAUUCUCUUUUCUUUUAUCCACAGGCUGAGCAAUACCAAAAGAAGAAUCGGAAGAUGCUUGUCAUUGUCAUUUUGUUUGUAAUAGUAGUUGUCCUUAUCAUUGUUCUCAUUGCUGUCAAAUUCCGCUAGGUAGCACUCCUGUGAUGCUUUCCUUUCUCUGUGUUUGUACGUUUUGGGAGGUGGGGGUGUUGUGCUUUUCCUCCCCCCGCCUUUUCUUUUUUCUUUUCUUUUUUUCUUACUGAUACAAGUGGUUGAGCCUCUCACUCUGGAAAGCUGCCUUUUGAAUGAAUGUAGAAGCCCUAGUGGUGCAAGGUCUGUGCAAUGUUUCUGGGGGGGAAACAAAAACCCUUUCUGUUUUACAUGCUAAAUGACUGCGCAGGUAGUGGUUUGCAAAAAUGCGGGCAAAAAUUAUUGGGAAUUUUGAGAAAUGCUCUCAAACUAGGCAUCUGGUUAUUUAUCCAGGAUUUAGAAGACUUAAAAUGCAUCUUUAAAAUUAAGUUGCGGACUGAAAUGUUUCAGAAAAGCAUCAUAAUUUAGUUGUAUCGAGAACCCAAUAGUGUUGUUUGCCAACAUUUAUGUUACGGUUAAUCUUAGGUUUUUGUGAGCUGCCUAGGUUUCUUUUUGGACACAAUACCAAAAACUAUGGGUUGGUGGUAAAACUGCCUUAAACGUAAAAAGUGUUUGAUUUUAACUAGUUUUCCUCCAGUUUUAAGACUUGUGUAGACUUAGUGGAAGUGAAACACUUUUUAAAACAGCAGAUAAUCAUAUCAUGUGACUUCAUACCAUUAUUAUUAUUAUUAUUCCCUUGAGUGGUAUUUAGCAGUGUAAAUAUAACACCCCAACCAUAAUGAGUGCUACAGAAAUUUUAAAUUAUUUUCUUGGCUUCAAAUAAUCCAGAAUGUCCUUCUUCUCUCCCUGCGUUGCCCUUGCCCUAAACUGAUUUAUGCACUGUUGUUGUUGUUCUACUACAUAUAUUUUGGAAUAUUUGAAUAUUAAGGCCACAGCUGGAAGGAAAUCUUUUGCUUUUCUCCUCCUCCUCUCCCCUGACCCCAAAUCUUUAUCCACUAUCAUGUGAGCAUCGGUGGUGACAGCCUUCAUCUCCUACUUCCAGAUACUGAAUUGGAAAAGGGAUGGUGGUUUUUCAAACAUGUAGCUUAAAUCAGAUGAAAUAAGCUAACCGAUGCAUAUAUUGGAAUCAUGAAUCUGAAUAGAAGAACUUUUGUCCUCUGUCGGGCUGUGGAAAAGCCUCAAGAGAAACGGGGGUCAACAGCUGUGAUUUAAAAUGCUGGUUCCUCUAUUGCAGAUGGCAACUCUGCUAAGGGAGCAUUUUUUAGCAGUUUUAACUGGAUCCUAAAAGUGCUGGGCAAUUUUAGGGGCCUUUGCUUCAUUCCUUUGUUGUUGUUGUUUUUAAAAGAUACCAUUCCUUUUGUGAAUAAUUUAUUUAAAGCUUGUGGGGUUGCAUCUCUGCCAGUGUUUUGCAGUCACUGUGAUCUUGUCCGUGCCCUCUGCACCUCACCUUUCCCCCAGCUUUUUGCACCUCUCAGAUUUCUUUGUAGAACGAUGGAAAUAAAGAGACUCUUGCCUUGAUCCACACCAGGAUUAAGCCUGCUGGUUAGAACAGAGGAUAAUGUCCCCCUAGGAAUGGCUCCUGGAAAAAAUUAUCUGAAAUGAAGAGGUGCGGCAUAUCAGUGUCGUGAUCUCGUGCUGCUCCCUGUGUCAGUGGGGCUUGUCCCAGUGGAUUGUGUUCAAGUCAGCACUUUCAGAUCUCUCCUACUCGUACAGAUCAUCACGUAGGGCUAUAAAAUGAGCCCAGUCUUAACGAGCUACAUCUUCAUGAUGGGGCAGUAUAAUAACUAUAGAGCAUGCCACUGGUCGUGAAUGGUGGCUGCUGUCAAGGCCUGUGCUUCCUGCUUUUUGGACUAUACAAUAUAUGACAUGACACCACAAAACGCUGGGAACUAUUAUUGCAUCAGUGAAUAGCUAGUUUGCCCACCUUGCAGAAACGUGUUGAUGCUUUCAUAGCUGGGUGUUGUUGCAGCUGUACCAGACCUACUGCUUUAAAACCUCCCAAGGAGGAGAGCCCACCACCUCCCGAGGGAGACAGUUCCACUGUUGAACAGUUCUUACUGUUAAAAAAUUCUUCAUCAUGUUGAGUAGGAAUUCCCUUUCUUGUAACUUGAAUCCAUUGGUUCAGGUCCUACUCUCCAAAGCAGGAGAAAACAAGCUUGCUCCAUCUUCCAUGUGACAGCCCUUGAGAUAUUUGAAGAUGGCUAUCACAUCUCCUCUUAGUCUCCUCUUCUCCAGGCUAAAUGUACCCAGCUCCUUCAACCAUUCCUCAUAAGGCUUGAUUUCCAGACCCUUGAUCAUCUUGGUCACCCUCCUAUGCACACAUUCUAGCUUAUCCAUAUCCUUCCUAAAUUGUGGUGUGCAGAAUUGGACACAAUAUUCCAGGUUUGGUCUAACCAAGGCAGAAUAGAGCCGUACUAUGACUUCCCUUGCUCUGGACACUAUACUUCUGUUGAUGCAACCUGGAAUAGCUUUUUUUGCUGCUGCAUCACACUGUUGACUCAUGAAGCUUGUGGUCCACUAAGACCUCUAGAUCCUUGUCCCCCGUCUUAUAUUCCUGCCUAAGUGUACAGCCUUACCUUUGUCCCUAUUUAAUUCAUUUUGUUCAUUUUGGCCCAGUUCUCUAAUCUGCUAAGGGCAUCUUAAUGACCUAAUGAUACCAAUUCUAUCUUCUGCGGCAUUAGCUACUCCUCCGAGUUUGGGGUCAUCUGCAAAUAUGAUGAGCAUCCUCUCAAUUCCUUCAUUUAUAAAGAUGUUGAACAACAACGAGCCCAGGAUAGAACCCUGUGACAACCAACUUGUCACCUUUUCCCUGGAUUAUGAGGAACUAUUCGGUUGAUUGAACAGGACGUUUAACUGAAUAGUGCUUUGAACUCUUCCAGCUUUGAUUCUCUGUCGGGACUAUACCACUUCUAACCAUAGGAGAUAGGGGGUGGCUCACACGUUUGAAUGCUUCUUUCUAUUAAACAAAAAAUCUCCACAAAUAGAAAGCUAGAUACUAGGGAGAAGGCAAGAUUUGCACCUUUCUCUUUGAUGCUUAGUUUUCUGCAGGUGGGGAUUUUUGUUUAGCUUAAGCCUUAUCUAGGAUUGCCAUACACCCAGAAUUUCCUUUCUCUUUGAUGCUUAGUUUUCUGCAGGUGGGGAUUUUUGUUUAGCUUAAGCCUUAUCUAGGAUUGCCAUACACCCAGAAUUUCCCGGACAUAAGCAGGAUUUGGUCAUCGGAAACAGUGUCCAGGCGGAAAUCGCUGAAAUGUCUGGGGAAAUCCAGACAUAUGGCAACCCAUGUUGGAAGUGUAGUUUUUGGAGAAUUUCCUUAAAAAUAGCUCAAAAACUUUUGUGUCCGGAUUUUUACAUUUUGAAAUAUGGCAGCCCUAGCCAUAUCAGUCUUAGAUGAAUUGGUGUAGCCAGGACACAGGUUUACAACCUAUGAAUUAAAUUAAAAUCAUGAACAAUCCAACAUAGUGCAUUCUCUUCCUUCCUAGUUCCUUCAUUUUUUUCCUUUGCCCAAAUUUGACAUGAUGGUGUUGAAAUGGUCCAUAAACAAUUUGCUACUGUCAAUGCGAACCCUAGAACACAUCUAGUGUCUGCCUGUACAAAAGUUCUCCAUAAUGUGACCCACUGUGCCAGCAUUGAUAAGAUUAUCAUUUUAUAUAGCACCGUUCAUGUAUAUUAGGGGCGAAGAAUCUUCUUUUUUUCUGCCUGAAAGCUCUGCUUCCUACUGGGCAACAUUGCCAGGGACAUAUGUCAACAGCGGGUGCAGUAAGAGGCAAGGGCACAAGUGUAAAUUUUAACCUUUGUACAGUUGGCUAGUUUAUUCUCCACCCAGGCAAGCAAAAGGCAUUAUCCGUGUUCAAUUGCAAAAGCACUUGGAUGUGAAGCAAGGCAGUGAGAGAUAUGCCCCAGGGGUAGUUCCAAGGGCCAGACAGAGGUGCAUUUGGCCCCAUGGACCGUUGUUUUCCCAAGCUCGAUGUGGCUGCUGGCUUACGGAAUAAACGAAUAGCUUUCUGCUUCAAGAAAUGUACAGUCUCUAAGCUUUGACAAUGCAGAGAGAAUGAGGACUAAGCUAACAGCAGAUGAAUGUGAACCAGUGCAACUGCAUGUACUUUAGACUCACUGUUUCCAAACUCUGAAAGGCAGCCAGGAAUUGCUGAAAUGUUCCUCAAAUCCAAACACUGAUGGGGCAGAAGGAAGAACGACAAAUAACUUCUCCAGCCACGGGGUUGCAGAAUAAUACAUGAAACGCUGUCGCAACAAUAGCUGGCAAAUGGCAUGUAUUAUUGCAGACCGUUUUUCAUUCAUCUGCCUGGCUUAAAAUUCAAAGCCUUCUGCUUAUAAAUACAGACAGGAAAAAGUGGGCAGCAAGCAUAUUUUGGGGGUAGCAGUUUUAAAUCUAUUUCACUGCCAUCCUCAAAGAACCCUGUGAAGAAUGAUGCAAGCUAAUGACAGGCCUACUCGGAGCAAAUUUGUUUAAAUUAACAGGCAUUGCUAACUUAAAAUUAAUAAUCGGUGGGAUGCAACUCAGUGCUUUUAGUAUACCUAGAGCUGUACAUGUGCUUUUUGAGUCUUAUCAUUUCAUGGUUAUAAUAUGAAGUCUCGCAUCUGGGCACUUAGGUUUCCCUUUUGUGAGAAUCUGUUUCACAGAACAAAACCCAGGUGGGAAGCAUCUGAUAAAGACAUUAUUAUUGUUAGCAUACCCAUCCUGCCUAAAAAUGUGUGAUUUUUUUUUAAAAAAAGAAAUGCCAUAUCUGGCGCAGAAUAAAUCAUACAAAGUAAAUGGAUGCAAAUUUUGCUUAACUUCCGUUUCAUAUAUAGUGCCUAAAAAGCAAACCAAGCUCUCAGAUAUAUAUUUUUUUCAUUUUCUUUUAAAUAACAGGCUGUAGAAGCUAGGAAGGGGGUAAAAAAGUAAAUCAUAUGGGAGAAAGCCUGAGCAAAGAUACUAAUAUUUAAAAUGGUUUCCCCCCUCCAAGAUGGUUGUGGAUAAAGCAAGGCAGAUCAGGUGUGGGGAGAAGGAGGGCACCCUAACUGUAAGGAAAAAUUAAUGCUUUGUGGAUGCAGGAUUUAAAUGUGUGUGGGACUUACUUGUUUUCGUGAAGACACAGCCCUGCGUAGGCAUAUCUGUCAAGACACUAGAACAAAAUAUUAUCUUCAGCGAGCAGAGCUUCCCAAGGCUGUUGGGAAAUCCUUCUAAGGUUCUAUUUGUAUAUUGUACUUUACCCAUUUGUAAAUGUCUAGUGCACUGUGUUUUCUGAAGGUUAACACAAAUCCUCAAUUGCUCUGAGAACCAUUAACUUGAUUGGGACAAUUUCUGAGGACUCAAAUGUAAUAUAUGUACAUUCCAAAGGGGUUUCAGACCUGAGGUUCCUUCUGUUCAUCCAUCAUAGUUUCUGUGUCAGAUGACUGUAGUCCGAGAGGAAUAAAGUUCUAUUUAAUAUUAUUUAUUUAUUGAAAUUCAGUAACAUUGUCGAAGUCAUUUUCUACCGCUUUUAACAUGCUUUCUUUCAUGCCAGCCGUGUUCUAGGUACUGUAACACAAGUGUGACAUUGGUCAGACAAGUACAGUAGGCUUAUAGUUCACAGUGGAUGGGUGGAAAAGACCAGGGAGACAACAGUGAAGUCUAAGAUUAACAAAUGAAUUGGCAGAGAUUUGACAGUGAUUGUCAUGCCUGAUUGUGGCUGUGCCUCUUUUUUGUGGACCUUUGUACAAUUAAGGGGACAUCAUAAACUUUUAUAGGAUGUUUUCUCUAAACUUCUGCAAUGUUUCAUGUAUCUCCUUCUUGGCUAUGCCUCAACGAUAUUGUUCUUUGAAGAAGAAGAAACUAUUCAGUUUUUAUAUCUAAAAAAGGUGAGGUGAGGAUCACAUAUUUCCUAAUUACAACUUGAAAGCUGAGACUCUGAAUUACCUGCUGUACUAGCUGGGGCACAGGAAGCAUUAAAUUCUAUGUGCUUAUAUGUAUGUACAUAUGUCCUUCACUCUUAUCAUUAAAACAAAUCAAACUUUUUUUAAAGAGUUUCAGAAUUGCUCUGAAGUUUCAGAGAGAUGACAUGUUAUUGAUGUAAUAAACACUGACCAAUAGAUGCCCAUCACAACUGGUCUUUUCAUGGUAUAAUUUUUAAGAGGUUGCAGGGAGGAAAAUGUGCUCUUAGGGCAGUGCAAGUUAUUUCAAAUUACGCCUGCUAUGUUUACAAUGUUACAUCAGUUUUCAACCUAAAUAAAUGUCAUCUGCUGGGUCUGCCUCUUUCUAACAUUGAGAGAGGAUAAAAUGGGAAAAGCCCCAUUUACAGAUGCUUAAUAGGGCAAGGUUUGAGAACCUCUGCUGGGUGUUCUUCCAGGCAUUUAAUAUAUAUAUUAAAAACUAUACAUCUUAAACUUGCUUAAAUUUGUGCCUCCAUGAAGGACGGAAUUGCCAUAUACUUUAUUUAACGAAGAAAUAAUAGUCACAGGAUACUAUAGAAGACCAGUGUAUAUGAAGCAUCCCUUACAUUUUAAGGCUUGUUUAAUUUUGUUUUCAUAAUAUUAAGGGAAAGCAUCCUAGCUCAGAGCAGAUAUGGGCCAUUUUUCUCUGUUUCAGGCAUACUUUCUUUCACAGCUCUUUUGUGACCUCACUCUCAUUUUCAUCCUGAUCCCAGAACCGCACUAGGAGCUCUGCAUGGCCAAAACUUUUUUCCAGUGUUAGGGAAGCUUAUGUACAAACCUUGUACAGGAAAUAUUCCUCAGCACAGGUUCCAGUGCUUUGUACAAAGCUUGCCCCGAUCCUUUUACAGUAAUGAGAGAAACCUUGCCUGUACAAAAUCCUGUAUAUAACUUAAGAAUACUCUCAGGCUUUUUUGCAUUUCAAUCUUUGCAUGCAAAGUGAAUGUUCAGUUCUGUGGCUCGCCCUACAGGAAACAAUGAGGCGGCAACAUUACUGGGGAAGACUCUGUUCUUCAAUGCCCCACUGUGUACGAACUCCAGCAGAAGCCGGUGUUGAUUGUUGUCAUGGCCGUAUACUGUAACUGCCGCCUGAAUCUAUGCCAUAUAUAACAGAAGGGACCUCACGUCUUACCCAACUAUGUACAGUAUAUUUUCUUCCACUUCUGUGAAACAAUUUGUAAUGUAUGAAUAAACCAUCAAAUCUCCAGUGUGGUGUGCGAGAUGUUGUAUUGCCUUGAAAAUCCUCUUCGAUUAGUGGCUCACAAACG